CUGAAACGACUCUCCUACAUUUCCGACGGAGCUUUUAAGGACCUAAGCAACCUGCGCUACCUGAACCUGGGCAUGUGCAACCUCAAGGAAAUACCCAACAUUUUACCUUUGGUCAGGCUCGAAGAGCUGGAGAUGUCAGGAAACCAGCUCUCUGUGGUCAAACCCAGUUCCUUUACGGGUUUAGCGAACCUCCAAAAGCUGUGGAUGAUGCACGCCCAGAUUCAAACCAUCGAGAGGAACUCCUUCGACGAUCUACAGUCUCUGGUCGAGCUCAACCUGGCUCACAACAACCUGACGUUUCUACCGCACGAUCUCUUCACGCCUCUGCACCGCCUGGAGAGGGUCCACCUCCAUCACAACCCCUGGAACUGCAACUGUGAUAUCCUCUGGCUCAGUUGGUGGCUAAAAGAGAGCGUUCCCGCUAACACUAGCUGCUGCGCCCGCUGCCAUUCCCCCUCCGUCUUCAAGGGCCGCUACAUCGGGGAGCUGGACCACGGCUACUUCCAAUGCGACGUUCCGGUUAUCGUGGAGCCUCCCACCGACCUGAACGUGACCGAGGGAAUGGCCGCGGAGCUGAAGUGCCGAACCAGUUCGCUGACCUCCAUCUCCUGGCUCACGCCCAACGGCUCCCUGGUGACUCACGGGGCCUAUAAGGUGCGGCUUUCGGUUCUCAACGACGGGACGCUGAACUUCACAAGCGUCACCAUGCAGGACACGGGGACCUACACCUGUAUGGUCAGCAACACGGCCGGAAACAUCUCAGCUUCUGCCGUGCUUAAUGUUACUUCUGUGGAAAACAGCGGAGUGACCUAUUUUACUACGGUUACCGUGGAGACUAUCGAGACCCCCGGAGACGAUAGCCAAACCCAAAUCCCCCCGUUUGGCUGGGUUUCGUCCUCCACUACGAAGGGAACUCCAGUUCUGACACGGACCACGGAGCGGACUUACACCAUUCCGGUUCUGGACCUGGACGGGGAGGGAGCCCUCAACGGUUUGGACGAGGUGAUGAAAACCACCAAGAUCAUCAUCGGCUGCUUCGUGGCCAUAACGCUAAUGGCCGCCGUCCUGCUGGUUAUCUUCUACAAGAUGAGGAAGCAGCACAACCAGCAGGACCCGGACGGCCCCGCCUCCUCCAUGGAGGUCAUCACGGUGGAGGAGGAGCUCACGGGAGUCGCGGCUAUGGAGAGACACCUUUCGCUGCCCCCUCUGGAGCACUACAACCACUACAACUCCUACAAGAGCACUUACCACCACCCACACAUGCACGGCGCCAUACACAGCUCCGCCACGCAGGAACCCUUACUCAUUCAGGCCUGCUCAAAAGACAAUGUGCAAGAGACCCAGAUCUGA